AUGCACACCGAAGAGCAUGGAGCUGCGUUAGAGAGUGGUGAUGCCCAGCGUCCCGAGCUCUACCAGCAGCAUGAAGGAGAAAAACGUGAUGCGGAUGUUAACGAGGACGCAGCGACGGCGAUCCCUAAGAUCACGACCGAAUUCCACUCUAUAGAAGAUGUAGGGUGGUAUGGAUCUGUCUAUCUUCUUACUACAAACGCAUUCCAGCCGACGUUUGGAAAACUGUAUUCCAUGUUCAAUGUAAAAGCGGUCUAUCUCAUCGCGAUGGCAAUUUUUGAGAUCGGAUCAAUCGUCUGUGCAACAGCCCAAAGUUCUGCUGGUCUGAUCAUCGGUCGAGCUGUGGCCGGCGUGGGAUCAUCGGCCAUCUUCUCGGGCGGAGCAACCAUCAUUGGCUUCUCCGCUCCCCUCAGGAGCAGGGCCGUGCAUAUUGGCAUUUUGUCAAGUAUGUUCGGCAUCGCAUCCGUCAUCGGCCCGCUACUGGGAGGCGCGUUCACUGGUGAAGCCACGUGGAGAUGCCUCGUAUCUGGUUUCCUAGUCAUGUCCAUGUACGCUCACGUCUACUAUCUUCCGUUCUACUUCCAAGUCAUCAAGGACGCGAGCCCGCAGUCAUCGGGUGUCCGAUCGAUCGCAUACUUUAGCAUCCUUGCAAUUGCAUCAAUCGGUGGUGGGGCCGUCAUCUCGCUGAUCCGGUCGUACGCUGAAUUCAUGUGGGCUGGCUCAGCCAUCCUCACGAUAGGAUCGGGCUUGAUAUAUACUCUCAAGGUCAACUCUAACGCGGGGGUGUGGAUUGGCUACCAGAUAGUGGCCGGCUUUGGCGUCGGCCUGGCCCUGCAGACUCCGUUCAUUGCUGUUCAACGCGCUGUUAGACCAGCCGACAUGCCUCAAGGGAUGGCUGUCGCCAUAUUCUUCAACUCGCUCGGCGGUGCACUGUCCAUAUCAAUCGCCCAAAAUCUUUUCAGCAGUGGACUGAGAAUCAACAUCCCAAAAUACACCCACGGAAUCAAUGCUGAACAGAUUAUAGACGCUGGGGGUGUUGGUGUGCGGGAAAUCGUCCCGUCAGAUCAGCUCAGCAAUCUUCUGCAUGCCUAUAACUUGUCUAUUACCGACGCCUUUGCGCUCUCUAUUGCCUCUGCAGGAUGCGCAUUUGUUGCAUCACUAUUUGUAUGA